UGCAAGCACCGCCCACCGGACGUGCCCCGAGGGCCACAGGCUGGAAAACCUGCCAAGUGUGCACCGCCAUGUUCGUGCUUCAACGCCUCGGGGUCCUGUGGCAGCCGGAUUCCUCCAACAGGAGUAGAGGUGGAUCGCCUUUCCUCUGCCUCCUAUUCAGAUAACCUCAAACACCAACAGAUGAUAACAGCUAUGGUCCCCAGAGUCUCGGGCAUUUGACCACUUGGUCCCCAGUUGGUGGUGCUGUUUGUGGAAGCUUAGCAAGUGUGGCCUUGUGAAGAAGGUAUAUCAUUGAGGAUAGGCUUUGAGAUAAAAAGCCUCACCUACAGUACAGCUAGUUUGUUCUUCAUGUUUGCGGUACAAGAUGUCCAGAUGUGAGCUCAGCUUUCCUCCAGCUGCCAUGCCUGCCUCUGCUCCAUCAUGGACUCUCCCUCUGGAGCCAUAAGCCCAACACCUUGUAAAUGCUGAAUAGAAGCUUUAUCACAUGUCCAAGCCCUGAAGUGGACUUCAAGUCAGGUGUUCCAUGCGGCAUCAGCUUCCCUCCCUACACCAAACGUUACUGAUUAAUUAAGCAUUGUUGUAUGUUGGGCCCAGAAUCCUUGUCACAUUACUCCAAGCAGUGACUUCUAACCAGUGGGAUCGACACAGGAGAUGCAACUUCUCUUCACCUCUUGACAAGUAAGGUUUGGAAGAAGUGGCCUGUGAUGACCCUGAAUUCUUACUUUUUUGAGGAUGAGAAAGAAGAAAAUUCCAAACCCAUUGGUCGUUACCCGGUUCCCUAUAAGAAGGACCUGCCCUUUGACAUUGUAGAGCUCAUGGAAGAGAUGAAAAGAACGACAGGAUUUUUACCAAAUGUGUUUAAAGUGUUGUCUUACCGGCCUUCGGAAUUCAGAGCUUUCUUUGCUUACUACAAUGCCAUCUAUAAUAAAGAAACAGGUCAGCUCAGCAAAGCUGACAAGGAACUCAUCAUUGUAGUGACCAGCCUGGGUGAAAGGUGCCUGUACAGCGUUGUUGUCCACAGUGCCCUAUACAGGGUCUACUCGAAGAACCCAGGACUCUCUGACCAGGUCUGUAUAAACUGGAAAAAGUCUGACCUCCCUGCUAGAGAAAAAGCAAUGGUAGAGUUUGCACUUGCUGUCUCCCAAGCUGAUGACAUAACAGAUGACCAUUUCAAAAAGCUGGAAAUGCAUGGCUUCAAUAGAGAAGAUGCCUGGGACAUAGCUACCAUUACAGCUUUCUAUGCUAUGGCCAACCGCCUUGUUCAUUUUAUCGACAUCAUUCCUAACAAGGGAUACUAUUCAUUGGGUAGAAACAGUGAAACUAAACAGAUAGAGAGUGAACUUACUGCUCCGAAAGUAUGAAAGCCUGACAGGAAAGGCCGGUAUUUAUCAUUUCAGUUAUGUUGCAUUAGAAGACAUCAGUUGGAUAGCAAUUCACAAUAAAUACAAAAACAUCUAGUUAUUGGUUAGAGAAAAAAAAUGUUCUCCACCUGCCUGAUAAAGUCCCUGACUUUAUCAUGUCCCAGGGACAUGUGAUACUUGGGACUUGGGGACACAGUUCAGAAAACCUUUGUUGAUUAUUUACUUCCAUUAAGAUCCAAAAAGACUAUAAGGCAAAGGGGUUCCGAUGAUGCUUUAAAUAUAAGUAGACAUCUAAUUGAAUUUUGGCUACUAAAGUUGAAAAUUUUUUAGCUUUCCAAAAGGUAUUACCUAGAAAUUGGUCAAUAUAGACUGAUUUGAAGUCAACUACUUAUUAACAUGGUUGUAUGUACAGACUCUCAAAUGUAGGGUCGACAGGAACAUGCACAGAUAAAUUUUAUUUCUAUUUUUAGUGCCCUCUUAAUUUUUUUAACUGAUGUUAUAGAAUCUUAGUCUUAUGUAAUAUGCUCUUAUUUUAGGUUUUAUUAAAAAAAAUUUGGAAUAAAACAGUAUUCACAUACUAAAUACAAACGUUUAAAAAACUAGGCAUUACUAAAUUACUUAUUCUCUGUAUUACCAUUAUUGCCUUAAAUUUGUAUCAGUGCACACUUGUUUUGUCUUCUCUACAGUACUAGCUAGGGGUUAAAGUCAGGGCUUCAC